ACUCUCUUAAGUGAGCUUGUUGGUGUUCCUUCUUCAGGAGUGACCGCCUUCACGUAUGCUCUUCACUCACAGUACCUGCUCAUAACACUCAUUGGAGUAUUGCAGCCCCCACGGUGCGGCUCGAGACGUCAUUCAUCUAACUCCUCUGACAGCCAACUAGAAACUGAUUGCUUCUCCCUCGUUCGCAAUGGCCGGGAAAGCGCCUGCCUUCGACCCCGUCGCCAAUGACCCCCGCUCCGAAGCUUCCAAGAAGCGCGAUCUGAUCUCGCGUGGCGACUACACGCCGACACCGGCUGGAAAAGCCGUCUUCUUCCUUGCUCGCGCAGCCGAUCCCUUUCUACAAUAUGGUAUCCUGGCUCAUGGCCUCGGGACUGGCUUCCUGCACCGCCUUGGCGUGCGGACCCUGCCGCCUGGGCUGCCAGCGCACACAGGAAUCUCUGGCAUCGAUAGUCUAGGGCUCUCGCCUUACCGGCUAGUGCUGCUAGGGAUGGCGGUCGGAAGUGCUGUUAAGCAGAAUAUCUGGGUAACGGCACUAUCCGGAGAGCCAAUGGAUAUACGCAGCGCUGUUGCUAUUGGCAUCUUUAACACUGUUUUCAACAGCAUCAACACCUAUGCCUUCCUCGUACGGGCGACUUCCGCGUCAACUGAAUCUGCAUUCCCACAGUCAACGCUCAUUGUCGGCAGCGUCCUCUACGUCACCGGCAUCCUCACCGAACUUAUCGCAGAGAUCCAGCGAAAGCGCUUCAAGUCCGAUCCCAAGAACAAGGGUAAGCCUUACACGGGAGGCUUGUGGAGUUUCGCGAGGCACAUCAAUUACGGUGCAUACACGAUUUGGAGGGCUGGAUACGCCAUCGCCGGGGGAGGAUGGAUCUUGGGGGCGCUCGAGGGAGCUUUCUUUUUUGCCGAUUUCGCGACACGAGGGGUUCCAAUCUUGAACGAAUACUGCGAAAAGCGGUACGGUGAAGACUGGGUGCAAUUCAAGAAACAGACAAAGUAUCGGCUCAUCCCCGGUAUCUACUAAACGAACUGGGUCCUGCAGUCGAAAUUGUACUACAAAGUUAGAUUCUGCAG